ACUAGUCCUUCCAUACAGACAGACAGAGAGGGGUAUUUGACCGGUGUGUGUCCUCAAGGUUGGAAGACAUGACAGUGUUCAGGAGCAGCGUUCCGGAACAGUAAAUUCAUCUGACUAGUUCAGCCAACAGAAACGCGCUGCUCAAACAUACUUUCCAAGACAACACUGGAACUCUUCCAAGUCAAGUCUGCUGUGUGUCAGUCUGCUGUGUGUCAGUCAGCUGUGUGUCAGUCCAUUGUGUGUCAGUCUGCUGUGUGUCAGUCCAUUGUGUGUCAGUCAGCUGUGUGUCAGUCUGCUGUGUGUCAGUCAGCUGUGUGUCAGUCUGCUGUGUGUCAGUCAGCUGUGUGUCAGUCAGCUGUGUGUCAGUCAGCUGUGUGUCAGUCUGCUGUGUGUCAGUCUGCUGUGUGUCAGUCAGCUGUGUGUCAGUCAGCUGUGUGUCAGUCAGCUGUGUGUCAGUCCGCUGUGUUUCAGUCUGCUGUGUGUCAGUCAGCUGUGUGUCAGUCCGCUGUGUGUCAGUGAGCUGUGUUUCAGUCUGCUGUGUGUCAGUCAGCUGUGUGUCAGUCAGCUGUGUGUCAGUCCGCUGUGUGUCAGUCAGCUGUGUUUCAGUCUGCUCUGUGUCAGUCAGCUGUGUGUCAGUCAGCUGUGUGUCAGUCUGCUGUGUGUCAGUCUGCUGUGUUUCAGUCAGCUGUGUGUCAGUCAGCUGUGUGUCAGUCUGCUGUGUGUCAGUCUGCUGUGUUUCAGUCUGCUGUGUGUCAGUCAGCUGUGUGUCAGUCUGCUGUGUGUCAGUCUGCUGUGUUUCAGUCUGCUGUGUGUCAGUCCGCUGUGUGUCAGUCAGCUGUGUGUCAGUGAGCUGUGUGUCAGUCUGCUGUGUGUCAGUCUGCUGUGUGUCAGUCUGCUGUGUUUCAGUCUGCUGUGUGUCAGUCAGCUGUGUGUCAGUCAGCUGUGUGUCAGUCUGCUGUGUGUCAGUCUGCUGUGUUUCAGUCUGCUGUGUGUCAGUCUGCUGUGUUUCAGUCUGCUGUGUGUCAGUCCGCUGUGUGUCAGUCAGCUGUGUGUCAGUGAGCUGCAGGGAUGGCGCACCACAAGCAGUGCACAGCCACUUUCCCUGAACACAUCCGCAAGAAACGGAAUGGUGAACAGCUGAGCGCUGGGGAGAUCCGAGACUUCAUACAGGGUGUCAAGGACAAGACCAUCCAAGAGAGCCAGAUUGGAGCCAUGCUGAUGGCAAUCUGGCUGCAGGGAAUGGUAGCAGAGGAGACUCUCACACUGACGAAGGAGAUGAUGAUGUCAGGGGAAGUGAUGUCAUGGCCGGCAGAGUGGGAGGGGCUAAUGGUGGAUAAACACUCGACGGGUGGAGUGGGGGACAAGAUCAGCCUGGUGCUGGCUCCUGCUCUGGCUGCCUGCGGCUGCAAGGUACCCAUGAUAAGUGGCAGAGGUCUGGCACACACAGGCGGCACGCUCGACAAACUGGAGUCCAUCCCUGGCUUUAAUGUCUAUCAGUCUGUACAACAGCUGCAUCGAAUCCUGGAGGAGGUUGGCUGUUGCAUUGUAGGACAGACAGAUAACCUGGUGCCUGCUGACAAGGUCAUGUACGCUCUGAGAGACGUUACGUCUACAGUCGACAGCCUCCCACUCAUCACAGGCUCUAUCAUCUCUAAGAAGGGUGCUGAGUCUCUGAGUGCCUUGGUUCUGGAUGUGAAGUUUGGGAAUGCAGCUCUCUACAAAGACCUGGGCAGUGCCAAGUCACUGGCCCAGUCCAUGGUGACAGUUGGGAACAGUUUGGGGAUCCGUACGGGGGCGGUGCUUAGUCGUAUGAACUGUCCUAUUGGUCGCUGUGUGGGGAACACUCUGGAAGUGAUGGAGUCCCUGGAGUGUCUAAAGGGGAGGGGCCCAGACGACAUACUGGAGCUGGUCACAAGUCUGGGUGGGCUGCUGUUGUGGAUGAUUGGCCGUGCAGGGAGCCUGGAGGAGGGUAAAAAGGUGAUCUCUACAACCCUGCAGAAUGGUGCAGCCCUGGAAAAGUUCCAGAACAUGAUGAUUGGUCAGGGAGUAGCCAGUCAGAUCACUGCAUCACUCUGUUCAACCAACGCAGACUACUACAGCAUCCUGAGACGGGCACACUACCAGACAGAACUAGAGACACAGGGCCACGGGACAGUGCUGGACAUAGACGGCAUGGUCAUUGCUCAGGUGCUGCACAGGUUGGGGGCGGGACGUUCGAAGGCCGGAGACCCUGUCAAUCACAGUGUGGGGGCGGAGCUUCUGGUGUCUUUGGGACAGAAGGUGGAGAAAGGGCAGCCAUGGCUGCGUGUCCACUACGAGACUCCGGCGCUGAGUGCAGAGCAGAGACUCAGUCUACAAGGGGCGCUGACACUGGGGCCCGUCGACCUGCUACACACACAGCCACUAGUGGCAGAAAUCAUACUGCCAUAGUGACACAAAUCCACUCUAUGUUAAAGCUUGAUUGGGAGAUGACCUGCCUUUGGGAAUCUCAGUGUUUAAUUUUUAAAGGAUGUAUAGUUCAGAACUAAAGCCUCCGUCUCCUGCUCUUCACUCUCAAAGUCCUCUCUGAUUCACUCAUAUAAAGUCAUAAGAUUCUGUGGAGACUGAAUAGAUGUUUACCGUUUCCAGGAACUGUGUGAAGGCAAUUUCUGUUAAACCUUACUAAUGCUUGUGUACUAACAUAUCCUUCUUUAAGCCUCGGCAUUGGGCUUGAGAUGGUUCAAGCAACUCAUAUAAGAUAUAAAAGUGUGUGUGCACAUUAAUAGAGGCAUGUUGUAACUGUUCUGGUGUGUAGAAUGACCCCAGGAUGUCUGGGAGCUCAGCCAAUACUUGACAGGAACUGACUGGUUCCUCUUAAGUUAACUGGAGACAGAGUAAAGGUUUUAUCCUGCA